AUGUCGGCCCCGCCCGACCUUUCGCCUCGUCUCUGCGGCAACUUGAGGAUGUCCUCAGCGAGGCCGGCUCUUGCAAACGGCAGGUCUUUGCUCGCUUUCGCGGGCUCUGUCGCGUCUGAUGCUGGGCCUGGUAGCGCCGAAUGUUUCCAGAUCAAGACACAGCGCAGUGGAGGAGCGAGGGCCGAACAGGCUUGUCCGGGACACGACACGGCAAAGGCUAUGGUCCAAGCCCGAGCCCCGGAGCGUAGAGGUGCAGACGCGGCGAGAGAGCCGGGUAUAUGUUUCCCUGAGCCCGACGCUGGAGAGAGUUCGAAGACGGAGGAGGAGGAGGAGGAGGAGGAGAGAUGGGCCGCGAGAUCGAAACGUGAUGGACGACGUUGGCUGAUCGCCGGCGCCCCGUCUGCUAGCGCAGUCGAGUCGAGGUCGGGCAGUCGUCGUCCGCUGUCCGCCAUUUCCACGUCUGUGCUCAUGCGCCAUGCGAGUCUCCUCCUCCUCCUCCUCCUCCUCUGCCUUGUCCUCGCGAGCAGCAGGGCUGCAGCCAUCCCCAUGCCGCUCCUCCAGCUCGUCCGCUGCAGCCCCCUCCCCGAUCACGCUCAGGUGAGUCUGCCGAUCGUCCAGCCCUCUCCCUUCUCGACCUCUUCCUUCCUUCCAGCUCUGUCCACAACCCCCGGCCGUAGCCCUGCACUCGUCGUCUUGCCCCCCCGGCUGGCAGCACCCGUGCGACCACGCUUCUUUGCCUCUAUGGCCCCACCAUUCGCCCCUCCAGCUCGUCAGGCACCUCCUCAUGCACAUGCUCACCUUCCUCCCCAUCUCGCCCACCUUUCUCGACUACGACGCCGCCGCCGCCUCGAGCAAUAG